CGUAAUUUUUGAACUACUAAUAGGUAGUUGAAAUUUGAUAUGUUGAUACGUCAAUAAGUAAAAAAAUAAAUAUAAUAAUAUUUAAUAAUGUCAAUUUUUUAUAAUAUUUAUAACUCAUACUUAGUUUUUAUUAAUUCGCAUCAAAACAGCCUUUUUAAUUUAAAUAAUGUAAAAGAAAAAUCCGUUGACAAUAUUUAUACACAGCAUUCUCAAGGAGGUGAACCUUGUCGUUCAUGUACUGAUUUUCGGACGUUUAGUCGUAUGCGACGUCAAGAAUUUAGUCAAAAUCAGGUCCAAUCUGUGAAUAACCUAUCUAAAAAUAAUGAAGAUGAAACAAAAAUACUAGAACACCAGAGAGAAGAUUGUCCUCUAGACAAAGAUGAAUUAGGUCGUUGUACAUGGAAAUUACUUCAUACCAUAGCUGCCACAUAUUCAGAUAAACCGUCUCAAGAAGAUCAGUCUAAUAUGGAACAAUUUAUUAGAUUAAUACCAAAAGUCUAUCCUUGCGAAAUUUGUGCUAAUGACUUUGCUGAAAUAUUAACAUAUCAUCCACCAAAUAUUAGCUCUCAAAAUUCAUUUGCAAAAUGGUUGUGUGAAGCACACAAUAUGGUUAAUCGAAAAUUAGAUAAGCCACUAUUUGAUUGUUCCAAAGUAAAUGAAAGAUGGCGUGAUGGUUGGGAUGAUGGACAUUGUGAUUAAUAUUUUAGUAUACCAGAUUAGAUUAAUAAUACAGAAUUAUAAUUUCAUGUAUAUUAAAACCAAUAUUU